UGAGUGGAGACUCGGAGCUGAGUGAGCUGAGAGAGCUCAGAGCAGAGUGUUCAGUGUUUGAGGAUUUUUGCUCAGUUUCGCGCUUCCAUUCACUUCUGUUCCGGAGACAGUGUCGCUGACCCUGGACGGACAGCGGGCAGCUGGUGGUGUGGAGAGGGGGAGUCCGCGGGGCUGAGGGGGGCUGGUUUCGGAGCUGUUAGUGCAGCAGAGCGAUGCUGGAGGUGUCUAUCCCCUCCCUGGAGAGGGAAGUGGACGAAUCAGGCAAACUGCGGAAACUCUUCAGGGUGGAGAUAUUGUUCAACGGUAGGAAACACUUUGUCCUGCGGCGGCAGAGCGAAUUCCAGACAUUACACCGGAAGCUCAAGAAGAUCCUGCAGCCUCCUGAUUUCCCCAGCAAGAGGAACCAACACCUACGCACCAAACCACUGGAGCAGAGGCGUCAGGAGCUGGAGGAUUACAUACAGGUUAUCCUGUAUCAGAAUGAAGAGGUUCCUCAGGAGUUGUUAGAUUUCCUUCAGGUCAAACACUUCCAUUCAGCAAACAAGAUCUGCAGUAUACAUGAGGAAGAGUGGGAUGACUCCCAAGAUCAGGGGUACCGAUAUCAGCUUCUGCAUCAGAGAGUGGUGGGCUUCUCAAGUGACCCUUAUCUCCUGGCAUCAAACUCAGAUCUCCCGGAUAUGGUAGUGGCUGGCGUCCUGCAGGGCCUCUACCCCAGAGAUACUAAAGUGACUUUUAGGCCUUGUUCCAAACCCCGUGUUAAGCCUGCUCCACUGCAGCCCAGGCAUCCUGCUAUUCCUUCCAUCAUCAUAGACAGAGGCAGCCUCAGCUCAUUACCAGAGACACAGAUUGCCUGAGAGACUGGACAUUAUUUAAACUCCACUUAAGCUUGUUUUUGGAAUUUUGCAUUCAUAAAGGCUUGAGAAAUUGGUGCUCUCCAAAGAUCAUUUAGAUGUGGUUUUUUUUUUUACCUUUUUCCAUUUGCACAACUGUAUGCACAUGGAUAGUGGAUGCUUGUAUUUACAGUCAGUUUACCAGGUUUAAGCAUUAUUAAGCUUAAAAGUUUGAGACUCCACAUGAAUUCAGCACAACAGUCAGUGAGUGUGUUUACGUGCACACAAUCCCAUUAGUUUGCCAGUAAUUUUACUUGAAUAUGAACUAUAACCUGGACUGAAAUAUGAUCAUUGAACUGAAAUCCUGCUCUUUAUUACAGUUCUUAAUUACACUGAAUGAUUUACUUGAAUAACUGGAUAAGUGCAUUAGAUAGAUUAUGAACAUGCAUGUACGUGCACUUAAUCAAUGUAUCUGCAGUUACUGAAGACUGGAGAUCUACAGACUAGGACACAUCUACAGUAAAGUCUGAAUCAGUGUUCGUUUAUUUAAAGAUCGGGCCCUUUUACAAUCUAAUGUGCACCAAAUACCAUCAUGUUUGGAAUGCUGAGAAUAUACAGUCAUUAUUAGAGAAGCCUGAGAACUAAUAAAUGGUUUGUUGUGUGUUUGUCACUUGAUACCAAAGCAGUAGUUUUACUUUUCAUCCCUAUCUGAACCACUGCAUUUCAACUAAUCCAUUCGGUCCUGCUGCAUUUCAAUCUAAUUUAUUGUUUACAUUUUUCUUAAAAUAAAACACUGAAUUUA